GACUUGUUUGCUUUCAGACCAGCCCAAGUCAGGUUUCGAAUGAAUGGUACUCAAGCAGAGAUGGGUGUAGAGUUUAAUAAAACAACACCAGCUGAGGCAGUUCCAAAACCUGAGGAUGUUCAAGAAGUACUAGUAGUGGGUGUAAAGAACUCCAGCCUCACCAUGUCCUUGAAUAUCACCUUUGAUCCAGAGUCAGUUACAGCAAUUCGUCAACCUGUAACAACUGUAGCCCCAACUACGGCCAACAGUACAGUAACCCCAGCUCCAAAUACAACAAUUUCUCAGAACUCCACGGAAAACAUAACAACUACAACAGCUGGCAAUACAUCUACCACAAUCAGCACAUUAGGAAAUACAACAACAAAGAACCCAGAGACAUCAGCUUCUAGCAAUUCAACUUCCAACAACACAACAACAAAGAAGCCAGAAACAUCAGCUGCUAGCAAUUCAACUUCCAACAACACAACAACAAAGAAGCCAGAAACAUCAGCUGCUAGCAAUUCAACUUCCAACACCACAACAACAAAGAAGCCAGAAACAUCAGCUGCUAGCAAUUCAACUUCCAACAACACAACAACAAAGAAGCCAGAAACAUCAGCUGCUAGCAAUUCAACUUCCAUCAGCACAACAACAACGACCACAACUGUGGAGCAGACAGUAAACAGGAGGCUGACUUUUAGGUCACCUGGGGAAACCUUCACAACUGAUUUGUUGGACCAAUCCUCGUCAGCAUUUAUAAAUAGAGCUGCACUUUUAAAGUCAAUUCUUGAACCCUUCUACCAACAAUCGUUUUCCUCAUUCCGCAGUUUAACAGUGAUUUCAUUCAGCAAUGGGUCAAUCAUCAACAACAUGGAUCUUGCAUUUGCAUCUGCAUCUGCUCCUAAUGGCUCCCAAAUUGCAAAUGUUUUGAUCAAUGCAGCUUCAAACAUCUCUGCCUUCACCAUUGAUACCUCUAACAUUUUAGUGGAUGGAGAAGUGUCAAGUGGAGUAAGCCAGAAGAUCAAUCUCAUCACGGCUCUCUGCAUGGUCCUGUUGUCCUGGGUGUUGUCCAGCCAGCACUAAUCUCUCUAUUGACUAGUGGUGGAUAAUCUUCCCCCAGAAAGUUAUUCUAAUUGAAAACUAAAAAGGAUCUCAUGAAAGGGUGUUUUUAAAAGAGAAAUAGUUGUCCAAAAAUUGUUUCUGAGUUUAUUUAAGCAUCUCUAAAUUUAAGCAUCCAGUCAAGAACUUAAAUAUUUGUAAAAGCACAUUCACUGAUUAUCUAUGCUGUUUUGUUAGGAGGUUACUGCAAUUUUAUUUAUUUCUCUGAAUGUGAAACCCUGGAUCCGAUCCAUGAAGAACAUCUUGUACACUUACUUAUUAACAUGAGGGUUAUGUCUAUACAAUAGGAUGUGAUGUAGGAUUUAAAGUUUUUUUUCAAUGCACUUUAUGCAAAGGCAGACUCUAAUUAUCAUCUUCAUUCAGCAAUAUAAGUAUUUAAAAUAGUAAUAAAGGAAUGAUUUUAAUGACAAAUUAGAUUAUGACACUGUUCAUGCAAAUCCUCAAGAGAAAUCUAUGAAUUGAUUAUUUUGUAUAAAUGUAUUAUAAGAUGUCUAAACAAUAUCAAACCUUAUUAUUUUGUUGUUUUUUGAUAUAAAAUAUAUCUAUAACAUUGGAGACUUCGGUAUACAGUAUUCUGUUAAGUGUUACUCAAUUGUAUUUUUCUCAUCAUAAAUUAAAGUUAAGAUGACAAAGACAUAAAAACUAAUCAUUAAGAUUACAUUAAUAAGAGAUCACUGAAAUAACAGCUUUAGGG